AUGUCGCCGUCGUCGAACGGUGACUCGCCUCUGUCCGCGGGGACUGCGAGCAAUGCAGGACGGCCAUUCCCUCUCCAAUCGAGAGAGAACUUCUCUAUCGAUGUCCCGUCACCGCAGCUGAACCCGGUCGACGGUUCGUCGCUUAAAUCGCCCACGGCCGUCAAAUCUCAGCGUAUUGCAAGCUUCAGCCGAGAAGGAAUAUUGGGCUCAGCGCAGAAGACCCGGAACCUAUCGCAGACGACGGAACAAGCCAGCAAUGGAAUGCAGAAAGACCUUAGCGACGACGGGAUAAACCCGUUGAAGAGACGGAACACAGAUGCCACAAUUGACUAUCCUCGUAGAAGGGCCACAAUCGCGUGCGAAGUCUGCCGGUCACGAAAGUCGAGAUGUGACGGGACCAAGCCGAAGUGCAAGCUCUGCACCGAGCUCGGCGCGGAUUGCAUCUAUCGUGAGCCCGGGAUCAAACUUGACGCCGGUGACAAGCUCAUCCUAGAACGGCUGAAUCGUAUCGAAAGCCUUCUUCAGAUUAACCUGGCGAACAGCCACCCCAACGCGAUGCAGCUGACCCACGAUUCGCCGCCCAUCAGCAACGGAACCGGCCUCAGCGGAGACAAUGUCAUUACCGUACAGAACUCGUCCGGGAACUUCGUCUCGAUCAUUCCUAGUGGAGGAUUGGGGACUUGGACAAACCACACUCCGGGGACCAACAUUUCGACCAUGCCCAAGAUACACACGAAUGCCGCAUUGCACUUGCUACAGUGGCCACUGAUACGAGAUCUCGUACAGCGCCCAUACGACCCCCAGAUUAUUCUACAGCUCGAGAUGGCACGCGAGCCUCUUCAUUCCUUGGCCAAGACACCUUGCGUUGAUUUAUCGAAUACGAAUGCCUACAUCGAAGCCUACUUCGACCGAGUCAACAUUUGGUACGCCUGCGUCAACCCCUUCACGUGGAGAAGCCACUACCGUACCGCGCUUUCAACUGGAUUCCGCGAAGGUCCAGAAAGCUGUAUCGUGUUGCUGGUGCUUGCUUUGGGGCAAGCGAGCUUGCGUGGCAGUAUAUCGAGGGUUGUGCCGCAGGAGGACCCUCCCGGUCUACAAUACUUCACGGCUGCGUGGUCGCUUCUGCCAGGCAUGAUGACUUCCAACAGUGUUCUCGCAGCCCAGUGUCACCUCCUCGCUGCAGCAUAUCUUUUUUACCUAGUCCGACCACUGGAGGCAUGGAACUUGCUUUGCACGACGAGCAGCAAAUUGCAGCUGCUACUGAUGACCCCAACCCGAGUCCCCGAGGACCAGAGAGAGCUCUCGGAACGGAUCUACUGGAACGCCCUUCUUUUCGAGAGUGAUCUGCUUGCCGAGCUGGAUCUACCGCACUCGGGAGUGGUUCAGUUUGAGGAGAACGUGGGCCUUCCCGGGGGUUUCCAGGGAGAAGAGUCGGAGGCGGUCGGCCGAGACGACCUUUGGUACUUCCUGGCCGAAAUUGCUCUGAGGAGGCUCCUCAACCGCGUCAGCCAACUCAUAUAUUCGAAAGAUUCCAUGGCUUCUACGACAAGUCUCGAGCCUGUCGUCGCCGAGCUCGACUUUCAGCUUACGCAAUGGUACGAAAGCCUCCCGCUCGCGCUGCAGUUCCCCUUCACCCGCGCCGCUCUGCCCGACCCGGUACAGACGGUCCUACGACUGCGGUUUUUUGCGUGUCGUACUAUCAUCUACCGCCCAUACAUCUUGGCGGUUCUCGAUAAUGAACAGGCGGUUCUGGACCCGUCGGUUCGGGAGAGCUGUCACAAAUGCCUCGAAGCCUCGAUCCGGCAAUUGGAGCACAUAUCUGCACAUCACGCCGGCCAUAUGCCCUACCUGUGGCAAGGCGCGCUCUCCAUCGUCUCGCAGACGCUGCUGGUGAUGGGGGCCACUAUGUCACCUUCGCUUCUCAAUAUUCUCUUGACAUUGGUACCUCACCGCGACACUGUGGAUCAAAUCAUCAGCGACGUCAUCAUCGACAUCGAGAAGACGGCUGUAUUAGCGCCCAGCCUGAGUCUGGCUUCCGAGAUCAUCAAGGAGGCUGAGGUCCGUCGGCGUACGUUCCUGAACGGAUGA